GCUAUGCUAUAUUUUUAACUCUUACUGAGACAUGAUUAUUUAGUUACUUUUUCUAGUCAUCGUUAGUUUUGAUUUAUCAUGAUGGAUUGAUGACACUUUAUUGUAAACUACACGGGUGUAGUUUACUGUUCACAAACGCGCCCUGGGCAAUAUCAGGUGUUACCUAGAGUAUACACAAAGACAAGCUUGGACAGGCUGUUUCUCCUCUUAUCAUUUCAAAAGAUGUUAGACGUUACGUGCCGGCGUGUUGUUACUGAAGUGUUAGUGAUUUUCAGUAAUAACAAAUUGACUUUUUUAAAUUUUGAGCAUUUUUAUUGGAAUACCAAUUACCGGGUUUUUCAAUUCUCCAAGCCACUGUAAUACUAAUAGUGUAAAUUGUAAUUGUAAGUUAUAUUUAUAACAAGUCUAAGCCCAACACUUACUUAGUGAACAACACAGUAAUACUAAUAGUAAUACCAACAGUGGUUCGAAUGUGAUAACUUAAAUCUGCUAUCCAGUUUGCUUUUGUGCAUUCUGAUUAUGGGACUUUCAAAACAACACUAAAUAAUGACAUGCUCCUUAACUUCAAGUUCAACUGAACAAUUUAAAUUUCGACAAUGCCUUUGUUGCUGACAGUGAGAUGAGGAUGAGCAGAUACAUCUUGUUCCAAAGUGUGAAAUUCAACGUUAGUAAUUAUUAUUGUAAAUAGUUUUCAUUCAAAGUUUACAUUUUAAUUAAGGAUAUUCAAUUCAUGGGCCUUGAAUAGUAGCAUUAUUAGGAUUUGCAAAAAAAUGAGAGCUUAAGUUCAAACACUGAAAUUGAGAAGGAAAAUAUUAAAAUGGCAGAUACUUCAACAUCAAGUUUUGAUGGAACUACAGAAACUCACAGAAACACAUAUUCAGGUGUAUUGAUUAAACGACCAGAAAGAAAGAAGCACCUUGAGUGUAUUGAACGACUUAAUUCAGUGAUCCAGGCAAAGAAAAGACAUUUGCAAAAGCUUCAAAAUCAGUUUGACCCACAUAAAUUUGAGAACCAGAUGAAAACAUUUCAGUCACAGCAAGAAGAAAGAGAUAGUCAAAGAAUAAGAAUUAUAGAGGAAAUACAAUUGUUGAAUAAAGAACUCACCCAGAAGAGGCAGUCGUUAAGUCAAACCCAAGGCACACUCAAGUAUAAGCAGGAGGAUAAGAUCAAUGAAGCCAUAAAACGUCUAGAGUAUCAGCUACAGAGACACAACUAUACUGCUAAUCAAGAAAGAAAAAUUGUUCAGGAGAUUGAUUCAUUAAAGCGUUCCAAAAAAAGCUUGAAAUUAUAUUUGGCCCAAAAAGCUGAAGUGGAUGAUGUGAGGAGCAAGCUUCAAUUGAAAAGAAACUGGAAAGACCAUCUUUCUGAUGAAAUAAGUGAAUUCAGGAGAAAACAAGACAGUCACCAGAGGGAAUACAAGAUGGCUGAAGCAGAGAUAGAAGAAGUUUGUAAAGAGCUCACUGGCCUUGAACAAGAAAAAUCUGAUAUUGAAGCAGAGUACGAUCAAGUUAUGAAAGAAUUUUAUAAACAAAAAGAACAGUUACGAGAGGCAAAGGCUUGGAAACUGGAACAGGAGAAGCAAGCAACAGUAAAUAGAAAACAACAUAUCGGUGAUGAAGUAAUAGUGGACCAAUACAUUAAGGAACGACAGCUGUGCACAUUCCUUUUAGCUUAUCUUCAGCAGCUGAUGGGUUCUAAAUUGUCGUUGAAAUCCAACUUAAAAAUCUCUUCACAUCCAACAGUACUUUGCAACCCUCAAAGUGGUCAUACUGAAAUGGAAGGAACAAGUAAUGCUCAUUCUUGUUACAAAAAAGAAUUGGAAGAAAAUACUGAACAUUUUGUUGUAAAGAGCAAGCCUUCAACUAGGAAACAGAAAAAGAUAUUUUCUAAGAAAUUGAUCACCCAUCCAUGUGAGGUUUUUGACCAGUUCUUCACCUUAGGCCUUCCUACUCCUCGUACUUUAUCAGAAGUCCCGUCUGUCAUUGAUAAAGUUAAAGAGAAAUUGAAAUUCUUUGAAGAUCAUCGAUGUAGUCCAGUCCCUCACAACAGUAAUGUUAGUAGAACUAUUGCACAACUUCCAAGCACUUUGGAAUAUUCCUCCACUAGUUCAGUCACUAAGAACUUGCAGGACUGUAGCUCACCUGUGGAUAGUAAGUCCAUAAAUGAGCUGUCACUCACCUUUGGAGACACUAGAAAGAAUAGUGGUGACGUUUGUACAGUUGAUUUUGAAUAUUUACACAUCACAGAAGCCAUUACACAAAGUCACAGUCAGAUAGAUGUUCUUAGUGGGGAGAAUUGUCAUUCCUGCUCUGCUUCAUUUAGAGAUAUAGAUGAUCACCAACAGCAUAGCAGAGUAACAGAAGAUGGACAACAACAUAACAAAGCUGUAUAUGAAGAAGAAUGUACUCGAAUAGUGGAUAAUGGUCUGCAACGUAAUGAACUUGUGAACGAAGAGCAAAAAUGUAAUGGAGUAGUAGACCAUGGUCAACAGUGUAAUGAAGUUGUAGAUGUAGGGCAACAGGGUAAUGGAAUAUCAGUCAGUGGAAUACUAUAUGAUGGUAAAUGCUGCAAUGAACUUGUAGAUGAGAGAAGUGAAAUUAAUGGAGUGAUGAUGAUGGCCAACAAUGGACCUGUGCUUGAUGAAUGUGGACAUUGUAGACUUGUGGAUAACACACAUGAAUGAAUCUAAAGAUGAUUGAUGACAACACACUAAAACUUUAGAUCAUGGAAAACCAUGUAACAAUUCAGAAAAUAAAAAAUAAGUAUAAUGGAUCAGUAAAUGUGAAGUAAAUUACAAAACCUAUUAAAUUUAAAAACAAAUUGCAAAUGUGAUGAGGUGGAAUUUUUAAAUCGGUAGUUAAAAAAGGGUGCUGUUUUUUUUAUGUUACAAGCUUAUCUGAUAAAAUUAAAUCAAUUCAGAGUUGUUGUUUUUAUUGUUCCUGACUCCAUAUUGAAUAUCUUUUUUCUUUUUUUAUAGACAUUCCUAUUUGUGUUCUGUGACUGUUUAUUUAUUCUGUGAUUCUGGAAAUUUCUGUUUUAAAAAGUGUCUGUAGUUCCUCCUUUAUAUGUCACUGAAUAAUCAUGACAAUUAAUGUGAUGUGUCUUUAUGAUGAUAUUGACUUGGUUUAACCCUAGUUUUGUCAAAAGUUUCUGUAGUUUAUCUGUAUAUGAGAUAAUGCAUGUGUAUUAGUAAGGCUUUGAAAAUGGUUACCCUGCAACAUUAAAAAUCAUAUGUUCCAAAAUUACUGAAUCAAUGCCUACUAACAGUAUAAAAAAAGUCAUUGUUACUAUUAAAUGACUUAGUAUGAAAACAAUACACAUACAUCUUAAUGUGAAUAGCUAAGAAAUAACAGUAUAGUUGGUAUUUGUGUAGUGUAACUGCCAGAGUUGACCAAAUAUGGUUGACUAUCUUGGUUCUUGUAGGGUAACAAAUUUUAUGAAACACAGCUGGAUUGAGAACAGAUGUUGACUUGUUUCUAGUAUCUAGCUGAUGAGCUCUUGUAGUGUGUAGAAGACCUCAUGCAAUAGUGUAAUUAAAGUGUUACACUACCUAUUUGAAAUCAGUACACAAUUCGAGUAGUACGAGUUAUGUGUAAUAUCCAGUAUUUCUUGAACACUAUUGUAAUAAUGUAGCAAAAUAAGUAAAAGUAACUUUAUGAUAAGUGAUUUAUUAAGUGAAUGUGGAACUAUAGGUAUGAAAAAAAUCUGGCAGGUAAUGAAACGAAAACUUCUACAGCAUAUCGAGUUUUACUCAGAAUAUGUAAAAUUUACCUGCCAUUAACACAUUAGUUGAAGAUCUGCUUAAGGUUUGGCUAUUUUUCAAGUUUGAUAGAAACUGCCUUUGUGUAAAGUAGUGUUAGUUAGGACAAGGUUAAACCCCAAUCUUUUUGUACCAGACACACUUGUAUAUUUUAUCAUGAUGUUUUAGGGUGUAUUAAAAAAACAGUAUUAAAUAUUUUUUGCUUGUUAUAUAUAUAUAGAUUAUUGUAUGUGUUACAGAACAUACUUUAUUGCACAAGUAUGAAAUAAGGCAUGCUUUGUCAAACUAUUUCAAGUAAUUUGUCCUCCACUUAGAUAUUAAUAUUCAGUAAUUUCAAAAUAGUAAAUUAUUGAAUUGAGUCUUGUUACUAAUUGUGAUGAUUUUUUUUAUUUGUUUAGCUCACAGUACAUUUUUUCAAUAUGAAGCUUAUCUAUACUGUGAAUUAUAUCUGGCUGUGGUUUAUACAAAGUUUUUAUUCUUGUAUCAUUCUAGCAGAAUUUGCUAUGUGAUUCUACAAAAAGAAUAUUUUGGUAAUAAAAAUAAGCUUGUUUUUUUUAACUGAAA